AUGCCGGCUAAACAUCUGGGAAUAAAGUUGAAACAAGUUCUAAGCCGAAGAAUACUUCAACUCAAGGAUCCUGCAAAUUUGACAGUCUCAACAUCUUCGUGUAAUGUCGUAAGGGCUGAACCGGUGAGAGAAACGGUGACGCUAAACAACGCAAUACAGUCAAUCACACCAACAAAGCUCAAACUCAACAACUCUCCCUCCAUUUGUUGCUCUUCUGUCCUUCAACCUACGUUCGGAAUCUUGGCUGACAUGCGCCAUUGCAUCCGACAGCUACGUGAAGAAAACGCCUCGUUACGCCGUCUGCUUUUGACCCCACAGCCGGUAAUUCAGGGAUCCCCUCCUACUCCACAAGGAGUUGACCCACAACCUGGGCAGAAUUUAAUGAUGAGUGAUAAUGCAAAGCAAUGGUCCCCAGCCAUUUCAACUAGUAUGCAUAAGUCUGAUGUUCCGGGCUCUAGGAAUUCAAGUCUUGGCUCUGUUUUAAGCUCCAAAAUGUCAAGUCAAGCCAGCCUUAUCGGCAUCCCAAAGAGCGGAUCUCAAGCUGCAGCCACGUCGACAGAAAUGGCUCUUUUGGUUGAUGUGGAAUUGAAAGAACAGUUGGAGACCAAUGAGGAUCAAGAAAUCAGUCAUUCACGGAUUGAGCAGAUAGACAAAAUUCCAACGUCACCGGCCCUCAGUUCGUCGAGUAAACUGAAAGCCAAUACAGCUGUAGCCGAAGGAAUAACCAAUCUUGAAAUAGGCCUAGACGAUGAGUUUCUAAACGCAUCCAACAUAAGUAGAUGGCAACAAUCCCAAGAUGAGAAAAAAUACAGUACUAGCUUAGCAACUCAAGAGAGUGCAACAAAUACCGGUUAUAAUACACCUUCACGACACUACGAGACCCAUGAUGACUUGGGCUCAAUACCUCUGCAUCAAGCCUUCAGUCUUGAAGAGGUGAUGAAUAAUUCAUCAAAAAUAAUAGCUUUUCCUAUUUAG